AUGUCUUCGAUGCGUUCUGUUUUGACGGCGGCUCUGCUGUCCGUUGGCCAGCUGGCCUCGGCUCAGACUAUUAAGGUCGACGGCCAAGAAAUUGCUGCCGACGCCUCCACUGUUGCUCCGGCUGUCGAGGUCACCGACGUCGAGGUCGCAGGCACAUCCGCGGGUCUUUCCACCCAGGAGAAGUUUCAGCUGACUGAUGCUGUCCUUGCCAACCUUACGGCUCUGGAACUCUCCAACAUCUCCUUGUUCGGUUUCGAGGACACCUCCUCGGUCGAGAAGAGAUCCCUUUUUGGCCGAUGCAAGACGUACCCUGGAGAUUUCCUGUACCCCAUCGGCCUGGUAUGGAACAUCUUCGAUCUCUUGUUGGGCGGUGCUCUCACCAAGACCGUCCCCGAGGCAUCUGUGUGCUACGAUGACUUCGGCAACUUUGACCAGGCCAAGUGCGAUUUCCUGACCGCCAACUGGGUCAAUGGUUCCUACUACCACACCGAGGACCCCACUGCCAUCAAUGCCGUUCUCUUCGAGGGUCUGAACUGCAUGCCCCCCACGAUCAACGUCGGCGAGACCAACUGCAAGGUCGGCGGCUUGCCCUCGUACGUUGUCGAGGCGACCACCGUUGCCCACGUCCAGCUGGCCGUCAACUUCGCCCGUAACCUCAACCUCCGCCUUGUCGUUAAGAAUACCGGCCAUGACUUCGGUGCCAAGUCAACUGGUGCUGGCUCCCUGUCUAUCUGGACCCACAACUUCAACGAAAUUAAGUUCUUCGAGAACUACAAGCAAGACUCUUACAACGGCCCUGCCUUCAAGCUCGGUGCCGGUGUCCGGGCCUUCGAGGUCUAUGAGGCUGCUAACAAGUACGGCGUCACUGCCGUUGGUGGCGAGGGCCAGACUGUCGGUGUUAUGGGUGGCUACGUUCAGGGAGGUGGUCACAGCCCGCUUUCUGGUCUGUACGGUAUGGCUGCCGAUAACGUUCUCUCUUUCGAAGUUGUCACUGCCGAUGGCCGCUUCGUGACCGCCAGCGAGACCAAGAACCCCGAUCUGUUUUGGGCUCUCCGUGGUGGCGGUGGCUCGACCUACGGUGUCGUUACCUCUGCUGUCGUCAAGGUUCACCCCAAGAUGAAGAUCAGCACCGCGACCUUCGCCUUCUCCGUUGGUGCCAACCUGACUGCCGACCAGUUCUGGGCGGCUCUCCGUAUUUACUUCGAUGGUUUCAUCGAGUACGCAGUUGACAAUGCCAACUACGGCUACUUCCGUAUUUCGAACUUUGGCACCCCCGCCUUCGACAUGGGUCCUUGGUGGGCUCCUAACAUGACCGAGGCAGAGCUCCGCGAGCUGACCGCACCUCUGUUUGCCAAGUGGGCUGAGAUUGGUCUCAACGUCGAGCCUGUCUUCAAGGAGUACGACAACUUCUAUGACGCCUGGGCCAACUCUUUCCCUCUGGAGCCUUGGGGAUCUAACGCCAUCCGUCAGGGCAGUCGCCUCUUCCCUAGAGCGAACUGGGAGGACGAGUCCAAGCUCAACGCUACCUUCGAUUCUAUCAAGUCUGUUGUCGAGGAGGGUGGCUACAUCGUCGCCUUCAACAUCUUCGCUGCGCCCGAGGGCUACCCCGACAACGCUGUGAACUCGGCCUGGCGUGAUGCCGUGAUGCACUGCAUCACGGCCGCCAUGUGGGAUCCCACCGCUGAGGAGUCUGUUAUCAAGGCUGCCAGUGACAAGCUCACUUUCGACUGGCUCCAGCGUUGGCGCGAUGUCUCUCCCGGUGCUGGUGCGUACAUGUCCGAGUCGGACUACAUCGAGCCCAACUUCACCCAGGCUUUCUGGGGUACCAAGUACGAGAAGGCUCUUCAGCUCAAGAAGAAGUACGACCCCAACGACGUCUUCUACGCCCAGAACGGUGUCGGUUCUGAGUACUGGGAGAUGUCAGAGAUGAUCCUGGGUAACCUGCCGUCUCAGAACAGCAAGCUGUGCCCUGGUGCUAGGCUCGCCAUUGAGCAGCCGUCCAUCAUGGCUUCCAUCGCGGCAUCUCUGGCAUCAGCCCUCCCGAAACCCAAAUAUACCGGCGAAGAUGAAGAGGUGCCCGCACACGCACAGCAACGCGGCCCACGUAUCGUGGGCGCUGGCCAGCUCGACGAGACGCAGAUCGUGCUGAAGAGAUCCGGCCCUCCCCCGUACCAGCAACGCGCAGGAUGGCGGCCUCGAGGCCCCGAGGACUUUGGCGAUGGCGGCGCGUUUCCCGAGAUCCCGAUUGCGCAGUACCCGCUCGAUAUGGGAAAGAAGGGCGCGACGGCAAGCAACGCGCUCGCGAUUCAGGUCGACGGAGAAGGAAAGCUUGACUACGGCGCCAUUGCGCGUCAGGGGCACAGCGAAACCCGAAUCGUACACACCUCGUUCAAGGAUCUCAUUCCUCUUCGGCAGCGCGCUGAUGCUGGCGAAAUCGAUCUGAGCCGACCGAGCCAAGAGGAAGUAGCUGCAACAGCCGAGAAAACCAAAAAUGCCUUGGCAGCUCUGGUCAGCGGCGCCGUCGCCGCGCAGAAGCCCAAAAACGUCAAUGUGGGAAACCGCAAGGACCCAACCUUUGUUCGAUACACGCCGGCGAAUCAGAUGGGCGACAACUCUAAGAAGCAAGAUCGCAUUAUGAAGAUUGUUGAAAGACAACGAGACCCUAUGGAACCUCCCAAAUUCAAGCACAAGAAGAUCCCUCGUGGACCACCGAGCCCUCCUCCUCCGGUUCUAAGGUCGCCGCCACGGAAACUGACGGCCAAGGAUCAAGAGGAGUGGCGUAUACCUCCACCAGUCUCGAACUGGAAGAACCCCAAGGGUUUCACUGUUCCUCUAGACAAGAGAUUGGCGGCUGACGGACGCGGACUUCAAGACGUCGCAAUCAACGACAAGUUUGCUCAGUUCUCUGAGGCUUUGUACGUUGCAGACAGGCAUGCUCGCGAGGAAGUCAGACAGCGUGCAGCUAUGCAGCAGAGGCUGGCAGAGAAGGAGAAGGCACAAAAGGAGGAGAACCUCAGGAUGUUGGCACAAAAGGCUCGCGAGGAGCGCGCGGGUGCUGGUCGACGCGACUCGCGGUCAAGAUCCCGGUCACGCAGCUACAGCGGCUCCGAUUCGGAAGACUCUGACGGCUCGGAGGAGUCAGAGGUGCGGGAAAGAGAGAGAGCCAGAAAGGAAAGGAUGCGCGAGGAGGAGAGGAAGCUACGCCAGUCACGAAUGGGAGCCGAGAGGAGGGUCCAGGUCAUGGCAAGGGAGCAAAACCGGGACAUCUCGGAGAAGAUUGCGCUCGGUCUUGCGAAACCCACCCAGUCCAAGGAAACCAUGUACGAUUCCAGGCUGUUUAACCAGACAAGCGGCUUCGACAGUGGGUUCAACGAAGACAACCCUUACGAUAAGCCGCUUUUUGCUGCACAGGAGGUCAUUAGCAACAUCUACCGGCCAAGAGCCAACAUGGAUGACGAAGAGGACGAGGCAGCGGGCGACAAGGAGAUGGCCAAGAUCCAGAAGACCAGCCGGUUCGGUGAGGCUCUGGGCAGAGGAACGUUCAAGGGCACAGAAGAUGUCGAGGCUAGAGAAGGACCAGUGCAGUUCGAAAAGGAUGCCGCAGACCCCUUCAAUGUUGACAAGUUUUUAUCCGAGGUAGAGCAAAGUUCGUCAUCCAAGCGAGGAUAUGGACUUCAGGAUGGUGACUCCCGGCAGUCAAAGCGGGCGCGCGUGGAAGAGGACGAGGACUAA